CGUUUUGGGUUCAAGGAACUGAAGUAAUCUGAAAUCUGUUAGUGUUUGUGUUUGUAUUUAUGUUUAGAAACCAAAGUAUAAGGUUUGGUUGGAUCAGGGCGGCCAUUGUGUAGUCUCGGUGAUCAGUGUUUGAUUGGAUCAUGGAUUCUCCCAUUGGUUUGCUGAUCGAUAAAAUAGAUCAAUACACUACUACCAAUUUUUUAGAAGAUAAAAAUAAACAGAAUAAGAAAAGGUUGACCAACGAUUCCUAUUCUGUCUGCCAUUAGAUCGUGUGUGGUGGAAUACAGCCUAUCGUUCAUGAAAGUUUUUUUGUUGGCAAGUUUAAUUUUUCUGUAUUCAAAUCAAGAUAAAAUAUUCAAUAUUGUUGGUCUGUCUUUGAGUUUGCUACAAAUCCUGCGUUUUUUAGGUGGAGGUUGUAUUUCCAUUUCGAUUUAGGCCUUUUGAGAGGCUAUUAGUUCAGCUGCAAAAUAAAUUGGUUGGAAAUAAUUAUCCUUAACAGACUUUUAUGUUGAAGACUACUUACCAUAGUCAACAUGUUUCGAAGAAAGCACUCUCAGAAUCAUCAGGAGAAUGGCCUUGCAGAACAAGAAGCAAAGGUCAGUGAACUCAGGGCUGCUCUAGGACCUCUUUCUGAUCGAAGUGUAAAGUACUGCACUGAUGCAUGCCUGAGGAGAUAUUUAAUAGCGCGGAACUGGAAUGUCGACAAGGCAAAGAAAAUGUUGGAAGAGACACUCAAGUGGAGAGCAACUUAUAAGCCUGAAGAAAUCCGCUGGCAUGAAGUAGCUCAUGAAGGCGAGACUGGUAAAGUCUCCAGAGCAGAUUUUCAUGAUCGAUCUGGGAGGACUGUGCUCAUAAUGAGACCAGGAAUGCAGAACACAACAUGUGCAGAAGACAAUGUCCGCCAUUUGGUUUAUCUUAUAGAGAACGGUAUUCUUAACCUUGGUGAGGGUCAAGAACAAAUGUCAUGGUUGAUAGACUUCACUGGAUGGGGUUUGAGCGUCAAGGUCCCCAUCAAAACUGCCCGUGAAUGCAUUAACAUCUUACAGAACCAUUACCCUGAGAGACUUGCUGUUGCAUUUCUUUAUAAUCCGCCUAGAAUAUUUGAAGCAUUUUGGAAGGUUGUCAAGUUCUUCCUGGAUCCAAUUACUAUCCAGAAGGUGAAGUUUGUUUACCCAAAAAAAGAAAAUAGUUUCGAGCUCAUGAAGUCUUUCUUUGAUGUUGACAACCUCCCAAACGAGUUCGGGGGAAAAGCCACACUGACGUACGACCAUGAAGAGUUUUCACGACUAAUGGCCCAGGAUGAUGUAAAAACAGCCAAGUUCUGGGGAUUAGAUGAAAAACCAAGCCACAUUGCUAACAGUCACUCAGGGGCACAGGUGGCGCCAGAGCCAACACCUCUUGCACUGCCGGCUAGCUAAGUCUGGCUGAUGCUUGGACUAGUAGGCAAGAGACCAGAGACAUGGACAGUGUAGCCUGGACUAAAUUAACUGAUACUUCAUUAUCAAAUCUCAUAAUGGAACUUGAAAAAACGUUGAGGUGAAUAAGCAUUAUGUUGUUAUGCUAAUGUUUACUUCUAACUAUUAAAAAUAAUAGCCAUCCACUGCUUCUUCCUCCUU